AUGGACUCCGAUACGCCCUCCAUCGCCUUCCUGGAGCCUAGCAAUCUCAAAGGGUUCCAGCCAGGGCGCUCACGCGAUGCGCAGCCGGUUUCCAUACCGAGGCCGUUUCUUGACGCCAUGGAGGUCCGUGGCAAAGUCUUUGUCCGGGAGCAAAAUGUACCGCUCGAGAACGAGUUCGAUUCUGAUGACUCCCGAUCAUGCCAUUGGGUCGUCUACGCCACUUCAAAGCAAACCGCACCGCCGGCCGGGACCGUACGCCUAGUUCCCUUCCCGCAUGAGCCGCAUCCCGAAGCUGGCGGCAGCUACUGGAACGGGGUCCUGGAAGGCGAGCAGCCAGUCACGGGCAGCGAACCGUACGUGAAGCUCGGGCGCUUGGCCGUCAUCAAGGAGUGUCGGGGCCAACGCCUGGCAGGCUAUCUCGUCAUUGAGGCCCUUUCCUGGCUCAAGGCGAACAAGUCAUACUUUGACGAUGCCGUCACAGAACCAGGCUCGGAGCAAGGCGCUCCAAGGUGGAAGGGUCUUGUCUGCGCUCACGCACAGGAGCAGGCAGUCGGCGCCUGGGCAAAAUGGGGAUUCCAGGUCGACGAGGGCAUGGGCAGGUGGUUUGAGGAGGGAAUUCCGCAUGUAGGCAUGUUUCGAAGAUUGGACAUUGAAUAG